AUGCUCGAAUCACCAACCACCGCUUUCAACAAUCUGUUCGAAUUCUAUGCCGAGCAGGGCUUCCUCUCGGAUGGCCUACCGCUUGCUAGACUCCCAAACCCCCAUUACGAGGCCUGGGAGGAUGUAGCCAGUCAACUCCCAACCCUCAUUGAGACAGGUCAGAUCCGGGAGAAGAUCGAUAAUUUCCCUAUCUGCUCAACUGAGCACUUGCAAACAGAAGCAGAAUGGCGUCGUGCAUAUUCCAUCAUGGGAUAUCUGGCCCACGCCUAUAUCUGGGGAGGAGAAACCCCCAAAGACAGACUCCCCCCUGCAAUCGCGAAGCCUUACCUCGAGAUAUCAGCUCACCUUGAACUCCCGGCCUGCGCCACCUAUGCAGGUCUCGUUCUCUGGAACUACAAGACCACGCACCCAGAUGCAGACAUCACAAACCCAGACAAUCUCCACGUCCAGACAUCUUUCACCGGCACAAAAGACGAAGAAUGGUUCAUGUUAAUCUCAGUCGCCGUGGAGGCCAAAGGCAGUGCACUCAUUUCGUUGAUGCGCGAUGCUUGCAAGGCAGUCGUUGCCGAGGACGCAGAACUUGUCGCUGCCCUCUUGUGCAAGUUCGGAGAUGAAGUUAGUAUCCUCGCAUACAUUCUGAAGAGAAUGUACGAGCAUAAUGAGCCUGCUGUUUUCUACCAUGUGCUGCGCCCGUUCUUGGCUGGUAGCAAGAACAUGGGUCAUGCGGGCCUUCCCAAUGGUGUCUAUUAUGAUGUCGGCGACAGUGACGGGGCUGAAAACCCGGAGAAUUGGCUGCAACUGAGUGGUGGGAGCAAUGCCCAGAGCUCAUUGAUCCAGGCACUCGAUAUUUUCCUCGGCGUCGAGCAUUCUGCAUCGGAUGGGAAGAAUCCUUCCGGUCCCAUUUUCAUCCAGGAAAUGCGACGCUACAUGCCUGGUCCUCACAGACGCUUCCUCGAAGAUCUAGCGGCGCAGGCUAAUGUUCGUUCGUUUGUAUCGGGUUCCUCAACGCAAUCUCUCAAGGAUGCUUACAAUUCGGCGGUGAAUGAGCUCAAGUGUUUCCGUGAUGCACACAUCCAGAUCGUCACACGGUACGUUGUCAUGAUGUCGAAGAAGCCCAAUCCCUUCAAACAAGAAAAGAACAAAUUGAAUCUGGCCACCGCUAGCUCCCAGGCACAGGAAGGAGAAAAUAGUCCUGAGCUUGCUGGUACUGGGGGCACUGACCUGAUACCCUUCCUGAAAGAGACCAGAGAUGAUGUUCGCAAUGCUAAGUGCUAG